GCCUUCGGUUCAUGCCCACAGUGACUUUGUCCUUAUGGCCAGCGCCUGCGUGCCCCUGUCAGCUUCUUUCAUUGGCCUUGCAUAACGUCGAAAUCCGGCCCUUGUCAAAAUUUUUAGUGCCAUCGCAAACUUCGCCUUCAGGUCUCCACCACAUCUGUUUGGCUCAUGGUGCCACCCAUGCCAGGAAGGUAUAUGUAGCACACGCCUGCCGGCUUGGACACAGCGUCUUGACCUUUUCUUCGCACACCUCGCUGCAAGAAGCAAGCCUCCUUGUUGAUCUUCAUUGGACUUUACUUGGUCCAACAUCUUAGACGGCAACACUCUUGUGACAAGUUGCUUGCCCGUCAUGGCCCACCUUAACAAGACUUCCGGCGGAAAUUCCGCGUUCCACAACUUCAACAACGAUUUUGCCCACAUUCAAGACCCCAAUGAACGUCGGCGACUUGCUCUCGCUGAGAUUGACAACGCAAAGUUUGGUUGGUAUCAUAUUCGAGCCAUCGUGGUCGCCGGUAUUGGUUUCUUCACCGAUGCCUACGAUAUCUUCGCCAUCAACUUGGUUACUCCCAUGCUUGGUGUUGUGUACUGGCAAGGCUCCCACUGGGGCAAACUGGAAGGCAAAAUCCCCUCCAACUCUGAUACCGCAAUCAAGGUCGCAACAUCUGGUGGUACUGUCAUUGGUCAAGUCACCUUUGGAUGGUUGGCCGAUGUCGUCGGUCGAAAGAGAAUGUACGGUCUCGAGCUCAUUAUCAUCAUCUUCGCAACUCUGGCACAGUCUCUUUCCGCACCUUCGCCUGCCAUGUCUGUCGUCGGCAUCAUCAUCUUCUGGCGUGUGCUUAUGGGUGUUGGUAUCGGUGGUGACUAUCCUCUGUCUUCCAUCAUCACUUCUGAAUUCGCUACUACCAAGUGGAGAGGUGCCAUGAUGGGUUCUGUCUUUGCCAUGCAGGGGAUUGGCCAAUUCGCCGCGGCCAUCGUUGCUCUCAUUUGCGUUUCUGGCUUCAAGGAGUCCCUAGAGACCGCCAAGACCGUUGCCCACUGCGACGGUGUCUGCCAGCUUGCCGUCGACAAGAUGUGGCGUAUCAUCAUCGGUUUCGGUGCUGUUCCUGGCUGCAUUGCCCUGUACUUCCGUCUCACCAUUCCGGAGACUCCUCGUUACACUUUCGAUGUCGCUCGCGAUUCCGAGAAGGCUGUCGCUGACGUCAAGGCCUACCACAACGGUUCAAGCGAGGGCAAGCCCGACGAGGUCAGCCGUGCCGCUGUCUUGCAAGAUUCGCGUACCCGCCUAGACACACCCAAGGCCUCUUGGGGAGAUUUCUGGAGACAUUAUGGCCAGUGGAGACACGGAAAGGUUCUUCUCGGGACUGCUGGUUCUUGGUUCUUCCUCGAUGUCGCCUAUUACGGUCUUUCUCUCAAUAACUCUACCAUUCUUACGGCCAUUGGCUUUGCCUCUGGUUCCACUGUCUACAAGACCUUCUACAACACCGCCGUUGGCAACUUGAUCAUUGUCUGCGCUGGUGCCAUUCCUGGCUACUGGGUCACCGUUGCGACUGUCGAUACCAUUGGACGCAAACCUAUUCAGUUCAUGGGUUUCUCCAUGUUGACCAUCAUCUUCGUCAUCAUUGGUUUCGCCUACCACAAGCUCGGAGAACAUGGUCUUCUGGCUUUGUACGUUAUCGCUCAAUUCUUCUUCAACUUUGGACCUAACGCCACCACCUUCAUCGUCCCUGGUGAAUGUUUCCCCACUCGAUACCGUUCCACCUCGCACGGUCUGUCCGCCGCUUCUGGAAAAGUCGGUGCUAUCAUCGCUCAGUGUGUGUUCGGACCUCUCAAGGUCCGGGGUCACGUCACCACUGCCAACCCAACCCCUUGGUUGCCUCACAUCAUGGAGAUUUUCGCCCUCUUCAUGCUUUGCGGUGUGUUCACCACUCUCUUGAUCCCCGAGACCAAGCGCAAGACUCUUGAGGAGCUUGCUGGCGAAGUACCUGGCACUAAGAACUACGACGCCACCUCCUCAGGUCACAACAGGAAGGAUUCUUACGUGCCUGCAAACCAGGGUUUGACCAGCGAGGAGGCUGCUGAGAAGAGCGUUUAAAAGCUUUCUGGUCAUCAUGGCCUAGCUUGUUUUGCUAUACAACUUUCAUGGUGUCUUUUUGACCAUUGUAUGUGGUUAGCCCGAAUGUAGACUUAAUACACUUGAACUGAUAAAACAGGAAAUGGCUUCUUCUUGACUAUUGAUUAGAUCGUCUCCCGAGUGUCCCAUCCACCACCGCUUGUCAGUGCUCACAUUCUUUUGUCACCUGCGACUUCUUGCACCGUGUAGUCCGUACCGGGUGCCA